CUGCCGCUGGCUGCUGGCUGCUGCUGCUUUGGCUACGUCGUUGAAUGCUGACGAACCGUGCGAUCCUCGGAGCUCAUCCAGCAGCGCGCCCCCGCCGCCCCGAUUCGAAGGAGACGGCCAUGGCUAGCCCCAGCGCGAGGGAGGGAUCGCCGGAGCGGCUGGCUUGAUUAUGGGCGAGAUGGGUCCUGACCUGGAAGCUCGGGCCAAGUCGGAGGCUCCGAUGGGCGGAUCGGAGGCCGCGGCGAGCGUGUCGGCCGGCAAGGAGGGCGGAGCCGUUGCCCAGGAUCCCGGGGCUAAGGCGAUGCGCUGCUUGGGUAACCGUGAGGAGGACGGCGGCUUCGGCGCGGGGGGUUUGCGCGAUGCGGAAAUGCUCGAUGGGGACAGGAAUUCCGAUGUCGACAUAAUUGAUCGCAAGAGUCAGGCUAAGGAAGGCCCGAUUGAAGGUGGCCGAGGGGAUACGACUGAGAAUUCUAGUUCAUUUGGUGAUACAUCAUCUGGCUUUGAGAAUAAUUUAGCUAUGAAUGAUGGUGAAGUUGAGUCAGAGUUUCUUGGUGGCAAUAUGCUGGGAUUACUUUGUCCUGGACAGAGCGAACUCUAUCCAACAAGGAAGAAGCUGACGGAUCACUGGAGAAGGUUUAUACAUCCUCUUAAGUGGCGAUGUAAAUGGCUCGAACUGCGAAUUAAUGAGUUGAACUCCCAAGCACGAAAGUAUGAUAGGAAACUGGCAGAGUGCAACCAAAAGAAGAAAUUGAAUUUCUAUGGACCAGAAUCGCAAGAUUUUAAUGCAAAGUCACUUCCAUUUCCCGGUCAACUCUCAAGAGAGAAAGUCAUGAUCAGGAGAAAAAGAAAAAGAGUUGAAGAGACACGGGAUGUAGCAUCAUAUAUGUCACAGCACAACUUGUUCUCCUAUUUUGAUAGAAAGUCCCGUGCGGAUCAUAUUCCUAUGGAAAUUCGUCGUGGCAAUCAAGUAGGUGAUACUAUUGGUGAUUCACUUGAUUUUGGAGAUGGGGCAAAUUCCCUGGAGCAAAUACUUGCUAAGAUUGAGACAGCGAAGUCUUACAUAUGCAAGUUGAAAGCACGAAUGGAUAAGGUGUUAAGUGAAAAUCCUGGAAAGUUCUCUUCAGUUAAUAGGUUGUGCAUGCUAACACCAAAAGAUGAGUUGACCAGCUCUGAUAAAAAACAAGCUUCUCAUCAUGGGAAUGGACUUGUAUCUUCUUGUAAAUCUGUCUUUACAGCGUCUCUGCAAGUAUCGAACCACAAUGUAGAUGAUAUACUUAUGCCCGAAACUGCAAAUUCAACACUCGGAGAGGCGACUCCUUUGCCCGAUAUCAUUGAGAGCACAAAUCAGACAUUUAGAGGGGUUUCUCGUGAUAAUACUGAGGAAGAAAUUCUGAUGAAUGAGCAGGCAGUGGAGGAAAAAUCACUAGAUGUAUUAGAGUUCAGAAAUCAGCUCAUCAUGGAGAAGAAGCCCGAGGAACCAUUGGAACUGCAUGAAACUGAAACCGAUUCUCUGUUUUCGUCUCUGAAAUCUGAAACCGACUCUUUUGGAAAAGGAUCUAGUUUGAAAUCUCCCCCAAUUUGCAAGACCUAUGUACGUAGCAAACGGAGGCGGCGAAGUAGGCGGGUAGCUAUGCGUCUAGGGAGCCGGAAAUCCUUGGGUUAGGUGAGGCUGCAGAUAGUUGUAACAGUUGGAGAAGUGUUUGUGAGAGAGGAAGGAAAGUUUAUAUAGUUUCUGCUUCUAAAAAGGUGAGUUGUAUAGAUCUGCGUAUUCUAAUUGUAUAUUCUCUGUUCAUCCUCUCCCUCUUCCCCUAUGGAUUUUAUAGUCUCUGGUGGAACUGGAAACACUUUACUGUUUAUUUGGAAGAUGAACAUGAAUCAAAUAGGUCUUGUUUUUCUUUA